GCGCCCCGUUUCUCCCGCUCCCGGCCAAUCAGCGGCGAACAGGUCGCUAAGCAGGGAGGAGGAGGCAAGAUGGCGGCGAAAGGCGGCGGCGCUGGAGGAGGAGGUGGCGGCGGUGGCGCUAACAAGAAUGGGAUAUUGGACAAGUGGAAGAUUGAUGACAAACCUGUAAAAGUGGACAAGUGGGAUGGCUCGGCCGUGAAGAAUUCGUUGGAUGAUUCCGCCAAAAAGGUUCUGUUGGAAAAGUACAAGUACGUGGAGAACUUCUGCCUGAUAGAUGGCCGCCUUGUUAUCUGCACAAUCUCUUGCCUCUUCGCCAUCGUGGCUUUAAUAUGGGAUUACCUUCACCCCUUCCCCGAAUCCAAGCCAGUUCUUGCUGUCUGUGUUGUAUCGUAUUUUGUUAUGAUGGGGAUUCUGACCAUCUAUACCUCGUAUAAGGAGAAGAGCAUCUUCCUAGUAGCACAUAGGAAAGAUCCAGCUGGAAUGGAUCCCGAUGACAUCUGGCAGCUUUCCUCGAAUCUGAAAAGGUUUGAUGACAAAUACACCCUGAAGAUGGCAUUCAUCAGCGGCAGAACCAGGCAGCAGAGGGAGGCGGAAUUCACAAUUUCCAUCGCCAAAUUUUUCGACUGCAACGGCACCUUAGUCAUGGAAGCCUUUGAGCCAGAAGUCUCCAAACUUCACGACAGCCUGCUCACAGAGAGGAAGAUAAAGUAGGCUCCGUCCGGCGUCCACCUUCCCCGCUGGGCUCAUGCUGAGUUUAAGCCAAUAAAGCAAAAUAGCAACGAA